AAGAGGGGAUAUAAUUAGCUUAAUUAAAACUAUUUUGUUAGUGAAAUUAAGGUGAAAAUAUCAAGAAAUGGGGAGAGCUCCUUGUUGUGACAAAAACAAUGUCAAGAGAGGGCCAUGGUCACCUGAAGAAGAUGCUAAGUUGAAGUCAUAUAUUGAGCAAAAUGGAACUGGUGGAAACUGGAUUGCUUUGCCUCAAAAAAUUGGCCUUAAGAGAUGUGGGAAAAGUUGUAGGCUUAGAUGGUUAAAUUAUUUGAGGCCAAACAUCAAGCAUGGAGGAUUUUCAGAAGAAGAAGAUAGGAUCAUUUGCAGCCUCUACAUAAGUAUUGGAAGCAGGUGGUCAAUAAUUGCAGCUCAACUUCCUGGAAGAACUGAUAACGAUAUAAAGAACUAUUGGAAUACUAAGCUAAAGAAGAAGCUGUUUGGGAAACAACGUCAAAAGCAAGGAUCAAGAAAAGGAAAAGAAAUCAACUCUAUCUCAACAAUUUCCAAUAACAUCAACAACAUGAACCAAAACCCUUGUUGGCCUGAGCUUCCCAUCAUGCAACAGCCAAUACAAUUCUCAAAUAAUGACCAUACAUCCAUCAGAAAGUUAUUAAUCAAACUUGGAGGUAAAUUCUCAGAAAAUGACCAAUUGACAAAUGUUGUGUCACCAAAUUCUCAAUAUCCUAUCGAUAAUUCAUCGAUGCAGCUAAUGUAUCAAAAUCAUAUCAAUUUAAUCUCUUCGUCUCCAAUAGACAAUGUCUUCAACAACAUGACCACGCCAAAUACUGAUCCAUACAACAUGAAUGGGGAAGCUAGCAAUUUUACAGCUGAAUUUGAGCAUAUGAUAAAUAAUCAUCAACAAAAAUUAGAUGGUCUUGAAUUUUUAUACGAGGAUGAUGUGUUUAUCGAUAAGUCUGCGUCUACUUCUGGAGGAAAUUUAGACUGGGAAUCGAUGAAUCCUUAUGUGCUUCCUCUUCCUCCAAUUAUUGUUUCUAAUGAUGGAGGUAAUUCUCAACAAGGUGUUAUACUUCAAGAAGGUGCACUUGAUGAACUAAGAUACCCUAUGGCACAAUAA